AUGCAUGAUCUGCCUCCGUUAUCAAGUGUUUGUAAUGUUGGAUUCUCUGCUUCAACCAGUACACAAGCAACUUUUGGUCACUGCCCACCUGAGGAGGAUAAGCUGAAACUUUCAGCAUGUAAUGUUUCAUCCUCCCAUCCUGAUAAGUGGGGAGGAGGUCACUAUGACAUGUUAGGGUUACCUUCCCCCUCCACUGUGUUUAUAAUGUUUAAAAUCAUUUCUUGGAAUGUGCGUGGUGCUGGAUGGAAGAAGUUCAAGUCAGCUAUUGCUGACCUUAUCCAAAUGCAAAAGAUAGAUAUUCUUAUAAUCUGUGAACCUAGAGUACAAUUCUCUAAGGUUCAAAAUUUCUUAAGAAAACUUGGGUUUCCUGAUGCUGAAGUUGUAGAGGCAGCUGGGUUCUCUGGAGGUAUUUGGAUUCUUUAUGACAGAAACAAGAUUGAUAUUGAAUUUGUAGAUAGCAAUAUGCAAUCUCUGUCAGUUAAGGUAACUGGGUUGAGCCACCAAAAUUGGUUGCUCACUGCUGUUUAUGCUAACCCCUGCUUUACGGUCAGACAAAAUUUAUGGAGAUAUCUUAGUCACAUUAACAGUAACUUGCAAUUACCGUGGCUAGUCAUUGGUGAUUUCAAUGAACUGCUGAGUUGUGACGAUAAAAAUGGGGGCGCUUUAGUGGGAAGAUUUGGAGGACUAAGAAGCUGGGUUCAUGAUGCUGCAAUGAUUGAUAUGGGAUACAUGGGUACUGCCUAUACUUGGACUAACAAAAGAGUUAAAGAGAGAUUAGAUAGGGGAUUUUGUAAUGGAGAUUGGAGAAUGUUAUUUCCUGAUGCUUUGAUACACCACCUUCCCAGGCUGAAAUCGGACCACUGCCCAAUUCUUGUUCAAUCUCAUUCUAACAGUGAUGCUCAUGGGGUAAAUAAGCCAUUUCGAUUUCAUGCUAUGUGGUUUAACCAUGCUAAUUAUGCUGAUUUCGUGCAGAAUUUUUGGGAGUCUAACGAUGAGAACAUCAUUGAGAAAAUUCAAUCUCUUGGGGUCGCUCUACAAGAUUGGAAUGACAAUGUCUUUGGGAACAUCUUUAGAAGAAAGAGGAGAUUACUUGCUAGACUUAGCGGAGUUCAGAAGGCUCUGGACACCAGAAGCAACCCAUACCUUUUCAAGUUGGAAGAGGAGCUAAUAAAGGACUAUGAGCUGUUAAGGGACCAAGAAGCUAUGUAUUGGCAACAGAAAGCAAGAGUUAAAUGGCUGAAGGAGGGUGAUAAAAACUCUAAAUUUUUUCAUCUUACUACUCUGUUAAGACGAAGAAGAAACAAGAUUGAAGGAUUACUAGAUGAGCAAGGCAACUUAUGUUCUGAAGCUGUGACGAUGAGAACUAUUGCCACGAAGUUCUUUGAAGCUCUCUUUACUCUUCAAGAGCCUAAGGAUUCCAGGUUUGUCAUUCCUUACCUAUUUCCUCAACUUUCUAAUAGGGACAUUUCUUGGAUGCAGAGAGAUAUUUCAAAUGUUGAAAUUAAAGCUGCUAUGUUUAGUAUCGGUAGCCUUAAAGCCCCAGGAGGUGAUGGCUACCCAUCGAUUUUUUACCAGAAGCAUUGGGAUUUAUGUGAAAAUGAACUCAAGAAGUGUUACAUAAGUUCAAAAACUCUAAGGGCAGGAAAUGUUUUUUUCAGCUGGAAAAUUGACCUAUCCAAGGCCUAUGAUAGAUUAAAUUGGAGUUUCAUUGAACAUGUCCUUCAUGAGGCUCAGUUCCCCUAUCAUUUGGUGAAACUUAUCAUGGAAUGUGUUACUUCCACCAGCUUCCAAGUGUGUGUUAAUGGAGAACUUUCGACUACUUUUAAGGCUGGAAGAGGUAUAAGGCAGGGUGAUCCUCUCUCCCCUUACUUAUUUGUUCUUUGUAUGGAAAAGCUUUCACACCUCAUUAAUAGUGCUAUUGAAAUUGGGGAAUGGAAGCCAGUCAAAGCUUCUGGAUCUGGUCCCCACAUUUCACAUCUCUUUUUUGCAGAUGACCUCAUACUCUUUGCUGAAGCCACUGAUCAUCAAGCAAGGAUUUUGAAGCAAUGCUUGGAAGUGUUUUGUAAUUUAUCUGGACAAACAAUAAAUUUUGAUAAGUCCCUGAUUUUCUACUCCCCUAAUGUGAGUAAUGCUUUAGCUGCAGAUAUUAGCAGGUUAUGUGGAUCAACUCUUACAAAAGACAUGGGAAAGUAUCUUGGUAUGCCUCUUGUUCAUGCAAGGAUUACUAAACACACAUAUGCAGGUAUUGUCGAUAAAGUCCAAGGUAGACUAGCUGGCUGGAAAUGCAAAACCCUUAGUCUUGCUGGAAGGUUAACUUUGAUCCAAGCUGUCACUUCCUCUAUACCUAUUUAUGCAAUGCAAACUACAAAAUUGCCUAUCUCUAUUUGUUCUUCAUUGGACAAAUUAAAUAGGGAUUUUCUGUGGGGUGACUGCAAUGGGAAGAAAAAGAUCCAUCUUGCCCGAUGGGAUAUGAUCUGCAAACCAAAGGAUCUUGGUGGUGUUGGCAUUAAAUCUUCUAUCCAUAUGAAUCAGGCAAUGCUUGCCAGGGGCACUUCCAUUAAGUUUUGGACUGAUAGAUGGUUACAAAAUGGCCCCCUACUCAACUGUGCAAGAAUCACUGAGAAUAUUGAUCUCAACAUUUCUGUCAAGGAUUGUUGGUCUAAUGGAGGGUGGAAUGUCAGUUUUCUGGAGCAACACUUUGAUGAGAAUACUAUUAGCAGAAUUUUAAGCAUGCCUGUGGGACUUGUAGGUGGUGGAGAGGAUAAAAUUAUCUGGAGUGGAACUUCUAAUGGCCGUUUCUCAGUGAAAUCUGCAUACUUAUCCUUAUUUGCUGAUGAGAACUAUGAAUUUGCUUGGAAAUUCCUAUGGAGAAUGUGUCUGCCUCCAAAAUUAAAAAUAUUUUUGUGGCUGAUUAUUCAAGGUAAACUCCUCACUAAUGCUGAAAGGAUGAAGAGAAGGCUCACAAGUGAUAAUUCUUGUCCUAUAUGUCAUACUCAUUAUGAAUCCUUAUUGCACUUGCUAAGAGAUUGCCCUAGAGUAAACAAAAUUUGGCAGGAGAUCAACUGUUUUGACAGUAUUAGAAGAGCUAUGCAAAUUGAUUGGGCAGGAUGGCUAGCUGCUAAUGGUUAUUGCACAAUGAAGUGUUACGGCAGAAUGAAUUGGAAUGUCCUAUUUACCUUCACUUGUUGGUAUAUUUGGAAAUGGAGGAAUAAAAAUAUUUUUGAAGAAGGAUUUCAAUUCCCUAUUAACCCAGUUAAGGUCAUUAUGGAUAGUGCCACCGAAUGGUAUCUUGCUCAGGAAAAGAAGAAUACAAGGACCGACCAGACUACUGUGGCUUUGAAGUGGCUUAAACCUGGUAAUGGGUGGGUCAAAUUGAAUGUCGAUGGUGCUAGAGCUAAGUUAAAUGGAAAAAUAGGAGCUGGAGGGGUUCUUAGAGAUCAGCAUGGUAACUGGAUACAUGGAUUUGCUGCUCAUAUUGGGCAAGGUCAGGUUUUGGAAGCCGAGACAUGGGGCAUGUUACUGGGUUUACAAAUGGCUGCUAAUCUUGGGGUGGACAAAGUGGUCGUAGAAUGUAAUUCUGAAGUGUUGGUUAGUCUGAUGAAUAAUGGAGUUGAUGAUCUGCAUCCUUUAAAGACAGUUAUCAACUUUUGUCUACACCUACAAAGUAGCUUCUCCGAGUGUGUGAUAAGCCACGUGUUUCGAGAAGUUAAUACGGUUGCGGAUGGCCUUUCAAGAUGCAAUCUAUCUGCUGAGAUUGGUGCUAUCUACUUUGAGCAACCUCCUCCACAGGUUACUAACCUUGUGUUAGAUGACUUGUGUGAAGUCCUUAGAUAUAGGAAAGUUGCAACAACCAUUGGCUGA